AUGGUGCCGAGUCAAGGAGGAGAAGGAGACGUGGUCACGCAGGAGACCACUCGCAGAAUGGCUGUCCACCGCGGGCAGGCAGGAGACGAGACCAAGCAGCAACUGAACGAGCUCGCGCGCACUUCAGCCGCUGCUCACCACACUGCGGCUGAACAGAUCAACCAGGUCCGUCGGCAGCAAGGUGAAAUCGCUGCCAAAACUUCCGAGUACUUGCAGCAGCAGUAUGACCAGCAGUUGGACUUGAAGCAACAGCAAGAAGAUAUUCGCAAGCAGAUGGACGAGCAACGCCAGCACUUUCAAGAACCAUUUCGACUGCUGAAAGCUGAGGAGGAGGCCAUGGGUCGCCAAGAGAGGUAG